AUGGCGGAUGUCCCGUGUGUUAUAAUCAAGAGAUGUAAUUCAGACUGGAGCUGUUGUGGUAUCGUUUUAGACAGUAACAACGGUAUUUUGUUAACAGUUGCGUCUUUAUUUGGUGAUACUUUGCAUCAAAAUGAAAGGCAGCGGACAAUUUCCGAGGAUUCCCCCAUCCUUGUCAGUUCAAUGUCACCAAAUGAUGAAAUCGCUGUCGAGGUUAUCUUUCGAAGUCACACAGACGAAGAAUUUAGAACAUUCGAAGGCUACGUUAUCUUGUUUUGGAGAGAUUACGGACUUAAGAGAAUUACUGAACUUAUUUUUCCAACAUCAGAAUGGAAAUUCGAACUAUUUGGUCAUGAUCAGAAAUGUUUUCAAGGAGCCUCAGAUGAAGAACAUGGGAACGACACGUCCCAGCUGCAUCAGACCGCCCUAUCAGAUUUUGCUCUGAUCAAAGUGAAAAAUCCUGAGAAUUUCUGCUCAUCUUACAGUUUGGUUAAUCUAAGAACGCUGCGUGGCCUUGAAAACCCUAAAAUAGGCGACUCUUUGUGUGUUAUUGGCACACCUUUCGGGUGUGAAUGUCCCCAAGUUUUCUACAACAGCGUUUCUAAAGGGAUCGUGUCUAAUGUCCUGGGACAGAACAAUGAAAUGAUCAUCACUGAUGCCCGUUGUAUUCCAGGCUGUGAAGGAUGCGCUUUGUACACUUUGAACCAAAAACCUGGAUUCUUGAAUGGCAGAGAUCUUUAUGGAAUCGUUCUUGCACCGUUUUGUUGGCGGAACGGCGAGUGGAUCGGAAUAACUUUAGCAUGUUCACUGUGGUAUAUAAUACAUAACUUGUCACAACUAUUGAAGGGGAACAUAUCUUUGAUUCCACUCAAGUCAAUGGAAAUUCUAGCCAAUGUGUUAGACUUCCAGGUCAAAAUACAGUCUCAGCAGAAUGUCAUUACAGAAGAUAACAUGCUUGUUUACAAAGGCACCCACUCAACUGUCAUACAUGUAGAUCAAGACAGUUCUAACCUUCAGGACAUAAUAAAGAUAGCUCUUUCAAGUGUUGUAAUGGUUCAGUGUGGUAACAGAUGGGGCUCAGGUGUUAUAAUUGAUAGUGAAGAUGGUCUCAUCGUAACCUGUAGUCAUGUGGUUAAAGAUUGUCAGAACCCCCUUAUUGUGACAGGAAGCAGUAAUACUGUACAGUGUUUCAGGGACAAGGACAAAGUCAAGCUAUCUGGGAAUUAUGACCACAUUGCUCAUCAGAAAGUACAAGUUCUCUUUGCCACUCAAGAAGAAUGCCCUUUAGAUUUUGCUUUGUUGAAAAUGCAACUGAAUCAACAGUUAAGACCUCUUAGACCAAGACUAGAGACUGAUCUUGAGUGGAGAAAAUCUCCAAAAUCUUUUGCCAAACAUCGUUACAAGAAAGGCGAGGAUGUCCUUGUAAUUGGUUUUCCACUGUUUGCAAGCCACUUGAACACAGGAGCAUCAGUUGUUUCUGGGGUAAUAUCAAACAUUGGGCAUGUUCAGAAACAGACUGUGUUACUUCAGUCAACUGCAGCAGUUCACUGUGGUACAAGUGGAGGGGCACUGGUGUCUGCUGAGACUGGGGAACUGUUAGGAAUGAUAACAAGUCAUGUGAAAGAUGCAAACAUGUCCUGUACCUUCCCUCAUGUGAACUUUAGCAUUCCAGCUGACUUACUGUAUCAACUAGUUUCAUCAGUAAAGGAUGGGACAAUUGAAAAUACUCUGCAAGCUCUAGUCUCAAAUGACUUGAAAAAUAUAUGGCAAUUAGAAAAAAAUCUUGCUGACAAGCCUCAAAUUAUUAGCAAGCUGUAA